CUCCGGGUCGCGGCGCGCUUGGGCUCCGCAGCCGACAUGGGCGCCGCCGCGUGGGCACCGCCGCCUCUGCCGCUGCUUUUGUCCCUCCUGCUGCUGAUUUUGCCUCUCCCUGGGCUGCCCGUGGGCUCCUGGGAUCCGGCCGGUUACCUGCUCUACUGCCCUUGCAUGGGGCGCUUUGGGAAUCAGGCCGAUCACUUCUUGGGCUCCCUGGCAUUUGCAAAACUACUGAACCGUACCCUGGCUGUGCCCCCCUGGAUUGAAUACCAGCAUCACAAGCCUCCCUUCACCAACCUCCACGUGUCCUAUCAGAAGUACUUCAAACUGGAGCCCCUCCGCGACUACCAUCGGGUCAUCAGCCUCGAAGACUUCAUGGAGAAGCUGGCUCCCACCCACUGGCCCCCUGAGAGGCGCGUGGCAUACUGCUUUGAGGUGGCAGCCCAGCGGAGCCCUGAUAAAAGGACAUGCCCCAUGAAGGAAGGAAACCCCUUUGGCCCGUUCUGGGACCAGUUCGACGUGAGUUUCAACAGGUCUGAGCUUUUUGCUGGCAUAUCCUUCAGCGCCUCCUACAAGGACCAGUGGAUCCAGAGAUUUCCCCCAAAGGAGCAUCCAGUUCUAGCCCUGCCAGGAGCCCCGGCCCAGUUUCCUGUUCUGGAGGAACACAGGCCGCUCCAGAAGUACAUGGUGUGGUCAGAGGAGAUGGUGAAGACCGGAGGGGCCCAGAUCCAUACCCACCUCAUCCGCCCCUACGUGGGCAUUCAUCUGCGCAUCGGCUCUGACUGGAAGAAUGCCUGCACCAUGCUGAAGGACGGAACCGCGGGUCCCCACUUCAUGGCCUCACCGCAGUGUGUAGGCUACAGCCGCAGUACUGCUGCCCCACUCACCAUGACCAUGUGCCUCCCUGACCUGAAGGAGAUCCUACGGGCCGUGAAGCUCUGGGUGAGGACCCUGAAUGCCCAGUCAGUCUACAUCGCCACGGAUUCCGAGAGCUAUGUGCCUGAGAUCCAGCAGAUCUUCUCGGGGAAGGUGAAGGUGGUAAGCCUGAGGCCUGAGGUGGCCCAGAUCGACCUGUACAUCCUUGGCCAAGCCGACCACUUCAUUGGCAACUGUGUCUCCUCCUUCACCGCCUUCGUGAAGCGGGAGCGGGACCUCCACGGGCGGCCAUCCUCGUUCUUUGGCAUGGACCAGCCUCCUCAGCUGCGGGACGAGUUCUGA